GAUGAAAAAUGCUUGAAGCCCUAGUCGUACUGGCUCCUGGUGUGCGAGUGCUACGGCGCUCGUGUCUGGUAUUAGCUUGUGUUUGAAUGAAGAAAGGGAGGGAAUUAUUGGUUGGCAGUUACAGAAGGCUUCACCAAAACACCAUUCACUUUUCCCCAACACACUUUUACCAAACCAUGUCGCAUUCUGAUCCUCCAAACCGAUACUCCUACUUCCCCUCUCUACACUGGAACCCUCAGCUUCACCAAUACUUCCUCAAUGCCUACGGCGCCGACCACUUCUCUCGCAUCUCCGCCGCGCUAACCCGACCUUCUCGCUACUCGUGCAUUCGAGUUAACACGCUCAGGUCCGCCGCCGACGCCGUCAUUGAGAAGCUGCGCCCGCUCGUCUCGAACGUGUCGGUGGCGGUGCAAUCGGAAUUCGAAGAUGUCGAGUCAAAUCCCUUGAAGGAGUGUUUGGAAGAUGCAUCUUCUCCUUUUUCCAAAUGCAAAAUUCCCGGCCUUGAAUAUGUGGUGUUUGUUUGGGGUUCGGGACCGCACCGUGUCGAUUAUGGUGAGGCACCUCCUAAGGAGGUCAUUGUUAGUAGGAAGUGUGCUGAGGCAGUUCUUCGAGGUGCUCAGGUAUAUGUUCCUGGUGUGAUGGCUUGUAGUGCUCAUGUUGAGAAAGGAGAUACAGUUGCGGUUUCGGUUGCUGUCGAGCAGCAGGGUGCUGAUGGGGGUUGGGGAAUUCCUAUGACACGUGGCACUAUUCUCCAAGGAUCCGAGACAGGUAGCGAGUGUGUAUUCUUGUUUGGGUGAUAUGUUGGUA